AUGGCUAAAAUGAAGGCAAAAAGAUUAAAAAAUAUAUAUCUAGAUUUCCGCCAAUGGGUAUACUCGAACUUGAAAGGUAGUGCCCCGCCCAUCCCAUCGCCAUCAGCUGAUGGUCUGGACUCCCACAGGUAUAUAAGGGACGGCUGCCGCUUUUCCCGACAGACAGCUCCUCGACGGUGGGUCAACAUGAAUGCUCUGACUGUGAUUUUGGUGGCGGCCCUCGUGGCUAGCGGUAGCGCCUCCUUGCUUGCGUACAACGGCGUAUAUGGAGGCCAUCACGGCCUUCUUGGCGCCUAUCCUUAUGCAGGAUAUUCUGGUCUGCACCCUUACUCAUACGCAGGUGUCCUUCCUGCAGCUGCUCCUAUCACCCUCAAAACACCUGUAGUUAAGACCGUCGCUCCUGCACCUAUCACAUACAACGUCGCUGCCGCUCCUCUUGCUUACAACGUAGCUCCCUUCGCACCUGUAGCACCUAUCCAGUCUCAGUACCACGCUCAGGAUGAGAUCGGUCAGUACUCCUUCGGUUACGCCGGCGGUCCUUCUUCACGCGCUGAGUCUCGCGACGCCUUCGGUGUUGUCCGUGGUUCAUACAACUACGUGGACUCUGAGGGAAAGGUUCAGACUCAGCACUACGUCGCCGACGCCCUUGGAUUCCGUGUCCGGCACCAACCUGCCAGUGGCUCCCGACGCCCCUGUAACUGCCCCUCUGGCCGCCCUUCCCGGUCCCCUUCCCGAACCCGUCCAGGACACCCCAGAGGUAGCAGCCGCUAAGGCCGCCCACCAACAGGCCUAUGACGAAGCCGCAGCCGCUGCCGCUGCCGCCCCAGACACCCGCAAGAAGCGCUCCGUCCUUGCGGCUCCCGGUCUUGGCGUCUACUCUCCUCUCCGUUUCUC